AUGCCCUCGCCCCCCGCUCUCUCGUGGCCUCCCCCGUCGGCGCGCGCCCGAGCUAGCGGAGACGAGGCGGGGCCGGGCGCGGAGUGGAGCAGCACGGGCUCGGAGGGCGAGGCGCCCGCGGGGGCCGGCGGGCCGCCCCUGCCGCCUGCCGGGCGGGAGGGCCGCGAGGAGGCGCCGGCAGGCGGCGGCGCCCCGCCGCCCGAGGGCUGCCCCGAGGACGGCGCCGGGCCGCGGGAGGAGGGCUGCCCCGAGGCCGAGGCCGACUGGCCGGCCGGCGAGCAGCAGGCCGGAGACGAGUGGGGGGUCAACCUGGCGCUCGGCUGCCCCGCCGAGGCGUCCUCCGCCGCCGCGGAGGAUCGCGCCGUGGAGAAGCCAGGGGACUGCCAGGCCGCUUGCGCCGUCGACGGGAGCCCCGACACGCGCUGGGUCUCGGAGCCGGAGGACGAGCAGUGGAUCUACGUCGACCUGGGCGCCGAGCGCGCCGUACUGCGCGUGGACGUUCGCUGGGAGUUCGCGUGCUGCGAGACGUACACGGUGAACGGCAGCCUGGACCUGGAGGAGUGGACGCCGCUGGCCGAGGAGCCGGGCCGCGAGGGCUGGGUGUCCACCGCGCUGCCGCCCGACACCUGGGCGAGGUGGGUGAGCAUCUACUGCUCCAGGAGGACCACCGAGCGUGGCUUCAGUAUCCAGUGCUGGGCGUCUACGAGACCGCCCUGCCGGUCGCCGCCGACCAGCCCGAGGUCGCAGCGGAGGCCACGCUCGACGCGACAGCAGACGGAGCCGAGCCCCCCGCCGCCGAGGGCUGCGAUCCCGUCGAGGAGGAGCCCGCGGAGGAGGCUCCGCUCGACAAGAUCCCCGCGGGUGUGGCCGAAGAGCUCAAGUGGUUCAUCCUGUACCAGGUCCGGAGGAAGCUGCACGGUGCCCUCGCCGCCGGCACGGAGGAGGGUGCGAGGAAGGAGUGGUUGCUGCAGCAGGCCCGUAAGGACAUGGAGUCCGCCGGCUACCUCCAGCAGGCAGUGCGAGACACUGGAGCACUGCACGACCCCACGGUCGCCAGGAUCGAGAAGCAGGCAGACAGGGUCGGUCUGGCAGCCGCGGCGGGCGCGCAGGAGGGCCGCUGGCUGCCGGCCGCCACCACCGAGGCGCUGGAGCCCCCAGAGCAGCUGCGG